AAUGAAAAUAAAAAAACCAAAUCAAACCGAACCCUCUCAAAAACACCCAGAAAAGAAGAAUAUUACGGAGAAAGACAGUGAUACAGAGAGAAAUGUAGUCUCUCUCCCACGCACGCCAACAGCCUAAACCUAACGGUCCUCGCAUUGAAUUCUCCUUCUUCAUUUAUGAGUUACCCGAUUCUCUACUUUUUCUCUCUAUCCAAGCACCGGUUUCCCUUUCAAAUCUGUCCAAUUUUCCUUUGCCUUUUCUUAGCUUCACAUCCUUUCUGACUUGGCUCGGUCUUUUAAACAAAUGUCGGUUUUUUUAGAACAAUUGUCGCUGCGAUACAAGAGUGAAAAGUUCAAAUUGAGUUUAUGAUUUCUUGAUUUUUCUUUAGUCGGAAAAAUCGAAGAGAUUUUUUGCUUUAGCUCGGCGAAUUCGAAAAUGAACACGCAAAGGCAAGUGACCGUGCGGGACCUAGUGGAAGAAGCGAAGAAGAGGAUCGUCUUUUUGGUUAUUUCCGUUGUUGGAUUAUCUUAUCUCAUGUCUUUGACAAGCUCCUCAGUUUGGGUCAACUUGCCGGCUGCUGCCUCCUUAAUAGUUUUCCUUCGUUAUUUCUCUUUGGAUUAUGAAAUGCGGAGGAAAGCAGCUGCUUACAACAGCAAACCUUCCUCAGCAAAUACAGUGUCUCAAAACAACACUUCUGAUCCUACUAGGGCUCUUGAAAGGCCUGACUGGAGAAGAAAAGUAAAUUCGCCAGUUGUUGAGGAUGCAAUUGAUCACUUCACAAGACAUUUAAUUUCUGAGUGGGUGACAGAUCUGUGGUACUCUCGCCUAACACCUGAUAGGGAAGGUCCAGAGGAACUGGUGCAUAUAAUGAAUGGCGUUCUCGGGGAGUUUUCGAGUCGCAUGAGAAAUAUAAAUCUUAUUGAUCUUUUGACGAGGGAUCUUAUUCAUCUUGUCUGCACCCACUUGGAGCUUUUCCGAGUUACUCAAGCAAAGAUUGAAAAGUACUCGUCUGGUUCGUUGUCUAUUGAACAGCGAGACAAGGAACUGCGAAUUGUCCUGGCUGCUGAGAACAGAUUGCACCCUGCUUUAUUCUCCGCUGAAGCAGAGCACAAGGUUUUGCAGCAUGUGAUGGAUGGUGUCAUUUCUUUUACAUUCAGGCCGGAAGAUCUGCAGUGUUCUUUCUUUCGUUAUAUAGUGAGGGAACUUCUUUCUUGUGCAGUAAUGCGACCAGUCUUGAACUUAGCUAGUCCAAGGUUUAUAAAUGAAAGGAUUGAAAUUUUCGUCAUUUCUAAGGCUAAUAAAGGAAUUGUUGCCACACAAGAGGCAUCACAAUCCAAACCCAAUGGAUCUUCAAAGAUCUCAGCUGAUCAAUUUGCUACUUUUUUAGAUCCUACUGUUGGUGUUGAACUUGUGCAGUUAAAAACUGGUCAGUCCAAAAGUGGAGCACCUCAAACGGAUAACGUGAAUGGAACCCAAAUGUCAAAAGAUCCAUUGCUUUCCAUUGAUACUCAAUCUUCUCGAUGGAGCUCAUUGCCAUUAAGCUCACAAAUUAAGGAUGGAAGAGGGAUUCAACGGUAUCAUUCAGGUGGAGAAUGGGGUGAGAUGUUGGAUGUGUUUUCUCGUAGAAAGACUGCAGCCCUUGCACCAGAAAACUUUGAAAAUAUCUGGACGAAAGGAAGAAACUAUCAAAAGAAAGAAGAUCAAAAUCGGUUAAGUGAGAAAGUCUCACAGAAUCCUUCUGAAAAUAAGUCUAUUAAAGUGAAUUCGUUGAAGGUGUCUGAACACAAGGAAGAACAUGGAGUAAGCAAAUUUGAUCCUUCUGUUGCGCGCAAUGGCCAGGCUCUACAUUCUGAUCAAUCUACAGCUGGAAACAUCCACCAUCAGACAGAUAAGAACUUGUCAAACCAUUCUUUAUAUAAUUCAUAUCAUGAAGAUGAAAAGGAAGGUAUCUUACAUGUGGAUGAGGCUGAAUCAGCUAGUGUUAGUCCUUAUACUUCUGAAGAGGAAGAUCCAAGCAGCAUCACUGGUCUUGAUGACCCAGGAACUAAAGUUUGGGAUCGUAAAACGAAUAGAAAUAUGGCCGUUUCACCAAUUCAUCACCCACUUGAAAAUCCUGAACGCCAUGGUACAAAGAAAACUAAUAAAGGACAGACUCACUGUGAACGAUUAUCUGGACCAGAGCCUGGCAGGAAAAGGUCAAGAUCAAGCACUCUGAAGGUGCAUGUUUGGCAAGAGAUUGAGAGGACAAGCUUCUUAUCUGGAGAUGGGCAGGAUAUACUCAAUUCAAAAGAACAUGCUAAACCUGAUGAUUCUAGUGAUGAUUCUGAGGUAGAAGGUUUCAAUAGAGUUUACAGUGGAGAAACUGCUUGUUCAUCUGCACCCGCCAUUUCCAUUCCAGAAAAUCAUAGUUUGACUGUUAACUCCCUCAAAAAUUCAAUGAUGGUGGAUUCGUUUUUUAAAUUGAGAUGUGAGGUGUUGGGUGCAAAUAUUGUGAAGAGUGCCUCUAGAACAUUUGCUGUUUAUUCCAUUUCUGUUACAGAUGUAAAUAAUAAUAGUUGGUCAAUCAAAAGAAGGUUUCGACAUUUUGAAGAGUUACACCGGCGUCUCAAAGAGUAUCCAGAGUAUAAUCUUUAUUUGCCACCAAAGCAUUUUCUCUCAACAGGUUUAGACAUGCCUGUCAUUCAAGAACGGUGUAAAUUGCUUGACAGAUACCUGAAGAAGCUGCUGGAACUUCCUACAAUUUCAGGAUCUAUUGAAGUUUGGGACUUCCUUAGUGUUGAUUCUCAGACAUAUGUUUUCUCAAAUUCCUUUUCUAUUAUAGAGACAUUGUCAGUUGACCUUGACCACAAUCCAUCCGAAAAGAGUAAAAAGGUUUCAAAUUUUAUUGGGCCUGUUAUAAGUUCCUUAUCCACCAAGAAGGAACAGUUGGUCACAGAACAGAAGGAAUCUGCAUUGCAGACAAAGCAUAUUUUUGUUUCAGAUGGGGUAAGGAUGAGUCCAAAAUACAUGUCUCAUUCUAUGAGUAAAAAGCUUGGAAAAGAGUUUGGAAAGCCAUUAGAGGACUCAGGUGGUGAUUCAGAUACUAAAGAAAAUACAUCAUCUGUCAGAAAUUUAGAUAAGGUUGCUAAAGGAAGACAGACUGAUGGCUUGGAACCAACCUCGGAGUCAAUUCGUAAUGCUGCCACUGAUCCCACCCUUCCUACAGAGUGGGUGCCGCCAAAUUUAAGUGCCCCGAUAUUGGAUUUGGUAGAUGUCAUUUUCCAGCUUCAAGAUGGUGGAUGGAUCAGGAGGAAAGCGUUUUGGGUGGCAAAACAGAUUCUCCAACUAGGAAUGGGUGAUGCAUUAGAUGAUUGGUUGAUAGAGAAAAUCCAGCUUCUGCGUACUGGUUCAUUGGUUGCUUCAGGGAUCAAGCGGCUUGAGCAGAUACUUUGGCCUGAUGGAAUAUUCAUUACUAAACAUCCAAAGAGAAGACAAUCAUCAACAGCUAAUGCAUCCCAUAGCUCACCUCAUGGCCAGAAACCUAUGGAUAUAUCUUCACCUAAGGAAUCGGUUGAAAUAUCUUCACCUAGACUAAGUAAUGAACAGCUACAACAAGAAGUGGAUAGGCGUGCUAAAUUUGUAUAUGAGCUGAUGAUUGAUAAUGCACCAGCUCCUGUUGUAGGUCUUGUUGGUCGAAAGGAGUACGAACAGUGUGCUAAAGAUCUCUAUUUCUUUCUUCAGUCAACAGUCUGUUUGAAGCAACUGGCUUUUGACCUCCUUGAGCUGUUGCUUUUGUCUGCAUUUCCAGAGCUGGAUUAUGUCUUCAAGCAGUUGCAUGAAGAAAAGCAUAGAUUUGGUGAAUUUAAGCCAAAUUAGUAAAUUACUAAUGAGAUUCAAAUACAGAGAUACUGAACAGAUCGUCACUUGGGCGUUCCUUUUUUUUUUUCAUCGGGUAUAUUGGGAGAAAGUUUUCUGUUGCUUUCAUUUUGUUUUUCCUACUGGAAUGAUCCAUGUUUUUGAUUGGUUGUGUCAAAUGUGUUGACACCAUCAUAUCAAGUUUGCUUCUGAUUUGGCAUUUUGAGGAAAUUGUAUGUAAAUCUUGAGGUUAGUGAAAAACUUAAUGAAAAUUCUCUUUUUCUGUAAA